AUGUCGUUCUCGCGCGCACGGACCAAUGCCGAGCUGGUCGACCGCAUGGUCGGCAAGGGCCUCAUAACUUCCCUCCGUGUCGCAGAGGCGCUGAAGGGAGUUGAUCGCAAGAACUAUGUGCCUUCAGACUGGGCCGCCUACGAGGACUCGCCUCAACGUAUCGGCUUCAAUGCCACCAUCUCCGCCCCUCACAUGCACGCUCACGCAUGCGAGAACCUCCUUACGCACCUUGACGCCGCGAAUGACACAGAAGGCGGCGCCGUCCUGGAUGUUGGUUCGGGAAGCGGCUACUUGACGGCGGUACUCCAUCGCCUCGCGCCUCGUGCCACGGUCAUUGGCAUCGACCAUCUCCAAGGUCUUGCGGACCUAGCUCGUACCAACCUUGCGAAAGACGGCGUGACUAUCGGCCCUGCGUCAAAGAUUGACAUUGUUUGUGGCGACGGGCGCAAAGGGUGGCCUGCUCAUGCACCUUACCAAGUGAUCCACGUUGGUGCUGCAGCACCUUCUAUUCCGGACGCACUCGUCGACCAGCUUGCUGCCCCUGGGCGCAUGUUCAUACCUGUUGGCGUAGUGGAGCAAGACAUCUGGCAAGUCGACAAGGACGCGUCAGGUGCUGUUAUCCGCAAGAAGCUCUUUGGAGUCAUGUACGUUCCUCUGACCGACAAGGAGAAGCAGUGGACCGAGUAG